GCAUAUCGCCUCAUAGACAUCGAACAGAGUGCGACCAAAGCGGUUCGUUUGUGUGUUGGUUGCUCUUGGUUCGUCGCUCGUCGCUCGCCGCUUUUUUUUUUAGUCAAUUUUUUGGUUGAAGGAGACAGACAACUUGACAGUUGGUCUAGCCAAUAAAGUUAAUUUAUUUAAUUUCUGUUUCGCGCCACAAAAACGAACGAACAACCAAACGGAACUCUCCACUCUCUUCUUGCACGUGUUGGUGGUUGGUGGUGGUGGUGGUGCCCAGUUCCGGACAAACCUGGGCAGCACUUCCAUUAGGCUCCUAGGCUCUUUUAGAAAGCAAAAAUUCGCCUUGAAAUUGAACAGAAAUUGCGCAUUUAAUUUCUGUGACAGCCCCCCAAAAAAACGCAAACCCGAAAAAAAACCCACAGAAAUAAAAAGCGCAAAAGAUUUUUUUUCCUGUUUUCAAAAAAGUGAAUGAACGUAUGAGCGAUACAAAUUUGAUUAACCCAAAGAGAACUCUGAGUGAUUGUGAUUCGCAAAAAAAAAAACAGAAAACAAAAAAAAGUAUUAUUGACACUUUUAUAUUUGUUCUAACUUUAUAUACUAUAAUUCAAAAAAAAAAUGUUUAACAAACGCCAACACAAGAUCAGACUGUGUUAUAGUGCGUUAAGUUGGCGAUAAGAAACUGUUUAUAAAUAAUUAAUCACAAAAAUAAUAAUAACAAAAACAAAAAACAAAAUAUGUUUAGAUAAUGAAAUACUAUUCCAAAAAGUAAUUGUUUAAACAAAAUUUGCCAAACAAAGAAUGCGAAAAAGAGUGAAUAAAUUACAACGAAGCAAGCAAAGAACUUCUAUGACAAUUUGAAUUGAAAACCAGUUAGGGAUAAGUAAAUAAACCAAGUGCCAAAAGACACCAACAAAGGAAGAGAAGUAAUAAGAAAUCUGAGAUAUAACCCCAAGAAGCCAAGAAGAAAGAUCAAUCGUCAAUCAUCAUGCGUACAUUCAAACGAGGAUUCUUCUGCUCGGAUCUGUCAUUGCGUUAUCCGUAUCAUGAGUGCACCAUUACUGUGCCCAUGCUGCUGGUAAUGAUGCUAUUGAUGCCCAUGCUCUUCAUCAGUGUUGUGGAAGUGAUGCGCAUUUGCAAGCACUUUCGCAUGCGUCAGUAUAUAAGGAAUCUUUGGCGAUCGCAGGCUACAUUCAGUUUUGGUUUCAUAGCCACGUACUUGACGACGGAAUUGGCCAAGCAUGUGGUGGGUAGACUACGUCCGCACUUUUAUAGUGCAUGCCAACCACGAUUGCACGACGGCAGUAGCUGUGCCGAUACCCAGAACGCUGAUCUAUAUGUGGAGCAAUUCUAUUGCAGUAAUCGAAAUAUAUCGUCGAGACAGAUACGUGAAUUACAUGUUAGUUUCCCCAGUGCCCACAGUAGUCUCAGUUUCUAUUCGAUGUGCCUGUUGGCGUUCUAUGUCCAUAGUGCUUGGCAGGGCAGAGGCAGUACAAGAGUGUUACGUCACAUCUUACAAUUCCUAUUGCUAAUGUCGGCAUGGUAUGUAUCAUUGAGCCGUGUGGCCGAUUAUUGGCACCAUUGGUCCGAUGUCUUGGCCGGCGCCGUCCUGGGCGUUGUCUAUGCCUCGAUCACGGCCAUCUAUGUGGGCGAUCUGUUGCGUGUACGAGCGAUCUAUUCGGUGUCUGGCAGCAGUGCCAAUGGUCGUGGUGGUUGCCAUCAUCAUAACCAUCAUCAUCAUCUGCAUCAUCAAUUGCUGGCCGAGAAUAAUAAUUCCAGUACAUCGACUAAAGUGCAUUUUCUGCAAUCAGCAACGACAACGCCAUCGCCAUCGCCGCCGUUGCCAUUGCCGCUACUGGGUAAUAAUAUCAAUGAUAUCGAUGAUAAUGAUAAUGAUAAUGACGUUGACGAUCAUAAUGAAGUAGUUGAUGACGACGACGAUGAUGAUGAUGUCUAUAAGCCGCCCACAUCACGAUCAUCGACACCGCCUGCUGCUGCUGCUACUACUACUACUACUACCAUAACGCUGCCGGUCUAAGCUGACAGAGCAAGAAAACCACAACUACCACCGGAGCACCACCAGAGCACCACCAGAGCCAGGUGAUGAGGCUUAUCUCUUCCGUCGUCUAAUAUUAUUGUGCCGGCUGCUACUCGGACUAUUUCGACUAUUUUUCCAUUUAGAAAUCGAAGUAAACAGAAAAUAUGUAUGUGAUAAGCGCGCGGCGCACUCUUUCUACCUGAUAUGCACCAUUUGCUUGCCCCUUUACUCCCCCUCCCCAUCCCCCUGCCGAUCAUCGGAUCACCCGAUCAGCCGAUCACCGUCACACCCCCGCCCUUUUCCAAAUUGAUUUACGAAAUCUGAGGCGAGAAAUUGUGCAACGAAUGCUAAAUGCAACUCAACACAUAUGGCAACGCUUCGCACUAAAAUAGCGUGUGCACAGUGGGUCAAAAGCAGUUUGAAAAAGUCACACUGUACGCAAAAGCAAAGGCGCAUCGAGAGAAAAUGUUAAAAAAAAAAAAUUAAUCAAUAAUUUCUGCUUUUAUUUUGCACUUAGAGUUUUAUAAUUGAAAUUGUAUAAAUUAUAGUUUUUAGAGUUUU